CAAGUUCGCCUAAAGAGAUAAUUUCCCGCCAUAUUUCACUACCACGUUGUUUUGUUGACAUUUUAGGAUCAAUCUUAUACAAAAUGCCAGUUGUUGAUGAUUGGGUAAAUGAUCCACUUGGAAUCAUUCAAAAUAUAUAUGAUAAAGAUGGAAAGGUGGAAGGUAAAGCGGUAAGAGACUAUUUCGGUGCCAGAACUAAAGGCAAUGCAAUGUCAUGGAUUCCAAGCUUGAAUGACACCCCUCUUCAUACACUGCGACCUAACUCGCUCGUACGCUACAGAUGUAUGGUACAGGACAUGUAUGACCCAGAAUUCUAUUUAGGGUCGUAUGAGGUUGUUGACACAAAGACGGAAAAGACGACCAUGAAGUCUGGGAAAUACAAAGAUAUAGCAGAAUGUGCAAGUUUUCAACAGAUCAAUAUGGAAUCUGCAAAUAACAAGACAAUGGAUAGACAGACCCUGUAUGGUGUUCCGAUACCUGGAGAGUCGGCCUGGGUCAAAGCAGGUCAUACUGACCGUGCAGGGGUCAAGGUCCAUCCAUCUACUUCCUACACACCGGUUCGUUGUAAGCGAGGUCUGGAGGAGGAAGGGUCAGAAGUCAUUGGUCAAAGUGAGGCCAUGGAAACAGCUGAUCCUCUCAAGGACGUUACCAUGGAAACUACCCAAGUGUCGGAGAAUUCCGAAAAUAAGAGAACUUGUGUCAACAACAGAGCAGCUGAAACCAGCCCAGUGUUACCGGACCUGAACUUCCCUUUACCAAAGGAGAAGGGAAUAUCCUGUCUGAUAAAGAUAUAUGAUGACAUUGAUAGUUACUGUGUCAAUGAUCUGGUGGAGUUUGUUGGCGUGUUGUCUGUAGAUCCGUCACUGGCACAAUUUGAAGCAGAGGACCAAGGCCCAGAGGGUGGAGUAUGUACAGAUGGGUUUGAGGUAUCUAUGGAGGAGAAGAAUGCACAUGCCCCGCCCCCUUCCCUGGUGCCACGCCUACAUGUUGUCCUGGGCACAAAGCUGCCUCACAUUAACCCUCUACUAACCCCAACAACAGCGCAGGAGGAUGGCUUCAAGGAAGUUUUGUCAAGGUUACAAGGGGAGAUAACUGAUUUGCGCCAACAGAUCAUGGCUACUCUGGAACAUAUACUGUUCGGUGAUAAACUAGCUGCUGAGUAUUUCAUGUGUCAUCUCCUAUCAUCUGUAUAUGCUAGAGCUGAUGUGAUUCCCCUGGGUAAGUUCUGUUUGAACUUGACCAACUGUCCUACAACACCAGAGUACUCAGCAUUGCUGCACAGAUUUGUCUCUUCCAUUGUCACUAAGAGCCACGUUCUUCCUAUCACCAUAGAGAACAUGAACAAGAUACGUCUGUGUCCCCAAAAGGAUUACACGGCCAACCGUCUAUUGAGUGGCGCGCUGCAGCUGGGGGCGGAUACCUCACUUGUACUGGAUGAAACAGUGCUUCAGGCUGGACAACUGGAUGCUAAUGGUGUGAAGAACAUGACAGCUCUUGGUAACUUGAUUAACUGGCAGAAAGUGGAGUAUGACUUCAGUUACCACCGACAGGAGUUCAUGUCUGAUGUGGCUGUUCUUGUGCUCUCUGAGGCAAAAUCCCUACUACCUAGUGACUGUUUAGUACCUCUGGCUGCCAGUAUACCAGCUGGUGUAAGUCUACAGGACUACUUCUCCAGGGUUGAUACUUUAGUGAAUGCCGAGUUCCUCAACAAGUUCCGAUUAUAUCUGACCACAGCCAAGAUGUUGGACUACAGUAUAACAGGGGACAUACAAACGGCUAUUCAGGAUGAUUUUGUUAACAUCAGGAAAGACGACCCAAAGAAUAUGACCAUAGACGAUUUCCAUAAACUCUUGAAUUUAAUCCGGUUGCUAUCAAUCAGCCACCUACAGACAUGCCCCUCACAAAAUCUAUGGACAAAGGCUAAAUCUAUGGAGGCUGAACGCAAACAGCGGAUACCACAAACCACUGGCAACACAAAUUAGCUUAGGAUUUAAUGGACAAACAUGGUCCUCUGAUGCCGAUUGUUUGACACAGGAAACAUCAUCUGCGUUUUUUCAAAGACUGUCUAUUUGUGCAAUUUCACUAGAAUUCUGUAUACGUUCAAACUCUUUUGUUCAAAAGUA